GGGAAGAGAAUGUGCGCAGGACCAGGAAGUGCUCACGGCUUUCCAACAUGGCGGCGUCCACUGAGAGAGCUUUCUGAAGGAGACCUAUUUCUUUCUUCAUUCGUCGACUGGUUGUGUCUCUGUGCUGCCCUGCCCCCCAUGAAGGUCGCUGUGAUGGUUCGGCCAUGAAGUGUGUCCGCUGCCUGCUCCGGCUGCGGAGCCUCAGACUGGUGGGUCAGUCAGCCAGGUCUGCUGCCCGGUGUGGUGCGCCGCUGCAGUCAGCCUCCUCCGCUCAGCCCAGUGUGCUCCACCAGAGCCAGCAGCAGGUGCUGAGACAUUUCCACGCCAGCCCAGCGUGCGCCAAGAGUCAGCCUGAACCUGUGGACAAUGAGAAGAGGGACAAGUCUCUGAUCACCGACGAUGACCUUUUCGAGCGGGUGGCUAAAGAUGCCAGGACCAAAGCUACGUUUAACAAGGUGCUGGACGUCUUCAUCAAGAGAGACAUCAGAAGACGGGGCCAUGUGGAGUUUAUCUACGCUGCCCUGAAGAAGAUGCCGGAGUUUGGCGUGGAGCGAGACCUCGCCGUCUACAACAAGCUUCUGGAGGUUUUUCCCAAAGAGGUGUUUGUGCCCAGAAACUAUAUCCAGCGAAUGUUCAACCACUAUCCUCGACAGCAGGAGUGUGGAGUGCAGUUACUGGAGCAGAUGGAGAACUAUGGUAUUAUGCCCAACAUGGAGACCAAAGUCUUGCUGGUUCAGAUUUUUGGAGAGAAGAGCCACCCCAUUAGGAAGUAUCAGCGCAUCAUGUACUGGUUCCCCAAGUUCAAGCACAUAAACCCCUUUCCCAUCCCCCAUCAGCUGCCGGAGGACCCUGUGGACCUGGCUCGCUUCAGUCUGACUCGCAUCGCAAACGACCUGGACGCAAAAGUUACCGUCUUCCAGCUGCCCUGUACAGAUGUUACAGUGAGCGGAGAAGAAAUAACACUCCCACAUAUCGUAGGGACCCAAAGCCCCAGCCAAAUGGAGCUGCUGGCCAAGCAUAACCCGAGCAGGCCUGUGUUUGUGGAGGGCCCCUUCCCCCUGUGGCUGAGAAAGACGUGUGUGCACUACUACAUCCUCAGAGCUGACCCCAUACCGCCUGAUGAAAAGGUCGAGGAGCCCUAUGAUCCAGAGCGAUGUCUGGACUAUCCUCUGCAGUUAGACCUGGAUUUGGACCGUGACCUCGGAGACGAAGAGAGCUUUGAUGUAGAAGAAUUGGACGAGGGCCCGGUCUUCGCCCUGUGUAUGACCAGUCAGGGAGACCAGGCCACCCUGAACCAGUGGAUCUCUGGCCUCCAGCAGAACAACCCCAUACUGGGUCAGGUCCCCACUCUGUUUCGUCUUGACGCUGGGCCCCGGGAGCUGCAGGAGUCAGCUGCCACAGAGUCAGGUCACUCCCACAGGCCUGAAGCAGAGACCAUAAAAGAAGAGUCACGGCAUGAAGCAGAACCUGAAGUUAUAGUGGAAGAGGAGCUAAGGAGGAGCCAGGGGAUAAAACAGUGAACAGCAGUCAAACUGGCUAAAUAAAUCAUGACAUACUGUCCAGGCUGGGUAAGAACUGAACUUGUGGGAGGCACAGGUUUGAUAAACAAGGCAAAGCUGCAGGACUCUUAAUAAUGUUGCUAAGAUCCAGGAAUGAAAAAAAAAUGAAUUAAAACCAAACUGUGCUUCUCCAUUGUUUUUUGGGCUCAUUGUUGGGGUCACAAGGAGUCGAUCUAAGGUGAGGUUCUUUUAAAAUGGCAAAAACAAUUUGUCGGUCUGUUCUUAGUUCCUUGAGUAUCCAUUUAAACAUGCAACUUUGUGUGUCACAUGCAGCUGUCAUGUGACACCAGUUGAGCUUCAGUUAUUGUUGACACACAACAAUGAACUGAGCUGAAAAAGCAAAUGGUUGAUGGACCGUGUUAAAAGCGCUUUUCACUACAAGCCACAUUCACCCAUUCACACACACACAUUCACACACCAUAUGUCAUGGACGGCCUGAUCUACCCCCCCGAGCUGCAAUGUAGCACGACUUACUUUUUGUUGUUGUCCUCCAUCUUCAUUCAAGUAAUAUAGCACAACAUGGUUCCUCGUGGGCAUUAGUGCAAAAAGAUAACAUGCAAACACAUUUUUCAGCUAUGUAGAUAUCAACACACAGUAAUUAUGGAAUAUAAAUCCAAAGUAUAACACAAAGCAACAACACAGUAAAUGGGUAAAAGUAAUAGGACAAUUUAUUGUUAAAAUAAAUACUGUAAUUUAUUCCCAAAUACCUGGAAAUAAAGAAAUUCUGAGAUUGGGCCUUGUAUUCAUCUUUUGAUCUGGAGUGUGCAACGAAAACAAUGGAGCUGCCCUCACUGUUCCACUAGUCCUGGUGGGGGGGUGUAUGUCAUCAUAUAUGUUGUAUCAUAGUAGAAGGAAUAAUAAAUUACCUGGGAAUUAAAAGAUGAAUCAAAUAAAACAAUAAUCAACACUAACAGUGCACCGGUGCAGCCACAAGUCUCUGCAGUCCAGCAAUUAGCGGGACUAAUAUCCACAGGCCGACAAGCACUGAGGCCACUUUCUGAUUCACAAGGAAUCUGGUGAGAACUGAAGUAUGCUGCCAGAAUCUGCAACAUCAGAAAUGAUGCGAGGCAGAACAAGAUUAAUGCAUCAACACUGAAGCUUUAGUUUGAUAGAGCUCCCCAGAGAUGGCUGACUUCAGCUGCUCCCAACUCUAAAUGAUAUUUUGCCGAAUAAUAAAGAACAGUGAAAUGUUGAGUGUGAGUUAAAUCAUAAGCAACACAGGGUACUCUCUUAUCGUAGACACACCAUUUGAAGAGUUUUAAUAUUCUGUGGAUUCCACAGGAUUUUACCACCUUCUGCCAUAUUUUUAUUUUGACAGU